UCAUACAAAUUUUCCUCUAAAUAAAGGAGCUAUAGUAAAAACCAUAUUAUAUAUACAUAUGUACAUAUAAGUCCCGGCAACCAUUUCGCUUUUUUCCGUCGCGUGUGAAAAUCAUUUAUAAGUUUAUCACCUGUGGGUCAAGUUCGAUACCGUUCUACUUAUCUUAUUUAGAUGUUAAAUCCUACGUGAAGCAUGUUUAAAUGUUUUGUCAGCUCUUGGGCUGUGCCCGGGCGCAGAUAUGUAACAAAAGUAUUGGUGAACAGCAACAUGGCUCAAAUCAUUGACGGCAAGGUGAUCUCCCAAGAAAUUCGCCUGAAGCUGAACGAGGAAGUGGCACAAUUUGUGAACGCUGGAAACCCCCAGCCCCAUUUGACGGCUGUGAUAGUGGGCGAGGACCCAGCUAGCGAGAUCUAUGUUAGGAAUAAGAUGACGGCCUGCAAGGAAGUGGGCAUAUCCAGCGAAACGAAGCGGUUGCCCGCUACUACCACGGAGGAAGAACUGCUGCAGUUGAUCGGAGAACUGAACAGGGAUGAUAGUGUGUCGGGAGUGCUUGUCCAGCUGCCGGUGCCCGAGCAAAUUAACGAGCGCACCAUCUGCAAUGCUGUGGCGCCCGAGAAGGAUGUGGAUGGCUUCAAUGAGAUCAAUAUGGGCCGCCUGGCCCUGGACAUGGAGGGCUUUGUGCCGGCCACACCGCUGGCCGUAAAGACGCUCCUCGAGCACUGCAACAUCGAGACGUUCGGCCGUAACGCCGUUGUGGUGGGGCGCUCCAAGAAUGUCAGCCUGCCUCUGGCCAUUCUCAUGCAUUCGGAUGGCAAGAAUGCCACCAAGGCGCUGGAUGCCACGGUGACCAUCUGUCACAGGUAUACGCCGCCCAAGGAGCUGGCCAUUCACUGUCGCCAGGCGGACAUCAUUGUGGUGGCUGUUGGCAAGCCGGGCCUCAUCACCAAGGACAUGGUGAAGCCGGGCGCCUGUGUCAUCGAUGUGGGCAUCAAUCGCAUCAAGGACGAGAAGACCGGCAACGACAAGCUGGUGGGCGAUGUGGACUUUGAGGAGGUUCGCCAAGUGGCUGGACACAUUUCCCCAGUGCCUGGUGGCGUUGGACCCAUGACCGUCACCAUGCUGAUGUACAACACCCUCAAGGCGGCCAAGAAGGCGGCCCAGAAUGCAUCCCGGAAGAGCGCCCUGGUGUGAUGCUCUUUCCCAAAAGGACCGGGAAUAUCCUUUCAAUAGAAUUUAGUUUCUGAAAUAGUAUUUUCUUAUUUAAACCGCUAACAUUUAAUAGUAAUAAUAAUACUAACUGAAACAGCUCUCUCUGUCAAUGGUGCCACAAUUAUUUCUAUAAUGCAAAAUAUAAUCAGAGGUUAUACAAAUAUUUCAACCA